UCAAAACUGGGAAGUUAUGUAUUCCAAAUUCCUUAAACGAGACUUUUCUUGAUUUUUUUCACUAGCAGAAAAGACUAAACUUCUAUUGGAUAAUAUAUUAUAAAGAACACCAAGACAGAAGAUAUUAGUAUUUGGAUUGACUGCUUUAGAACAGACUGAAGGCACACUCUCCAAGGAACUGGACCAUUUCAUUCUGCUUUAAAUUUGAAAUUUUAAAAAGAUUUUAAAAAGAAGUUUUAAGUGACAAGGAUCUGAAAUUAUACCCCAGAUGGAUCAACCCUCAUACUUCUUUGAAUGGUUGAAAUUUUUCUGUGAUUUAUAAUACCACCAGCAAUAUUUUAAGUUCAUAGAAAUGGAUGUGAUGAAACAUUUUCAGAGAAGGGUUGCGGAGAGGAUUGUAAAUUCUACGUAGUACCGGAUAUGACAUCAGAUCGACCGAUGUCGUCUGGUCUAUAUGACUAUACCAACGAGCCGCGCCACUCGUCACCUGUCAGUUCCGGAAGCUUUACCUCUGGGGAGGGGCUCUCCGGACGGGAGGAGGGAUAUGACUACGAGUUCAUCAUCAGGGACGAAAAAUACGACUGUCCCAUUUGUCUCCUUGUCCUACGAGAGCCGCAGCAAACAACUUGUGGGCAUCGGUUCUGCAAGAAUUGCAUUCACAAGUGGCUGAAGGAAUCGGAUCAAAGAUGCCCAAUUGAUAACAUGCCAAUAACAGAGUCUCAGCUGUUUCCAGACAACUUCGCCAAGCGGGAAAUCCUAGGUCUUAGUGUCAAAUGUCCCAAUAGUAAAGAAGGUUGUCAAGUGAUAGAGACUUUAAAAAAUGUACAGAAACAUCUUGAUGAAUGUGAAUAUGUUCCCAUACCUUGUCCAAACAAAUGCAGCCACAUUCUUCUGCGUAAAGACAUUCAAGAACAUUUGUCGCAUAUCUGUCAUAAAAGAACCAUUCUUUGUAAACAGUGUAAAUCCGAAGUAUUAGCGGAAGUUAUUCAGGAACACAUGGAUGAGUUAUGUCCCCUUGCAAUGGUCAAAUGUCCAUAUUGUGCUACGGAAUUAAUGAGAGAACAGCUUCAACGUCAUUUUGACCACGAUUGUAUGCGAAAAUCUAUAGACUGUGUAUAUUCAAAACUAGGUUGUAACAUUGGAAAGAUUCCUAGAAGUGAAAUGGGAAAGCAUUUACAGGAAAACUUGCAUCAGCAUAUGCAGCUAAUGUGUCAAGCACUGACUCUGAUCUACAGACGUUUAAAUAUUCAGUCGCUGAACCAGGCAACACAGAGUCAGUCAUUGCCCGACCGUACGGAAAAUAUUAGCAGCAUAGACAGAAGAAUGUUAGAGGACAUUGGGAACGGAUUGAGCGGUGCAGUUAACUUACUACAACUUUCUGAUAACCCUGCAUUCGCUACACCUCAGGCAGGACCACAUUCUCUCGACAGCUUUCGAGCUCCGGAUGUGAAUAACCGAAACUUGCGUGCUUUGUCCCAGGGAAGUGAGGAAAGGUUUGGAAGUGAAAGAACACAAAUUGACACGGAGCUCACUUAUACCUCAAAUCCCUCUAAUAAUUUAGAGGGCUUUCCCCGAGUCCCCUUUGAUGAUGAAUUCCAGUCGCUAAAAUGUCAGAACAUAUCACAAGAUGAGAGUUUAGCGAGACACGAAUUGUUGUUGUUGGACAUGAAACAUACAGCAGAGGCAUAUGAAAAGAAUAAUGCAGUGUUGGUUAAAAAGGUUAGAAGUUUAGAAAACGCUAUUAAUGAAUUCGAAGGACGAAAUUGUAAUGGAAUUUACUUUUGGAGGAUUAAGAAUUACUCUAAGUUCAGGAGCGAGGCUGAAUUAGGGGAGGUAACAGCUAUUCAUAGUCCGGCAUUUUAUUCUAAUUGCUUUGGAUAUAAAAUAUGUAUUCGAGCUAAUUUAAAUGGUGUAGACUCCGCCAGAGGAACUCACUUGUCAAUAUUCGUACAUUUUAUGCAAGGAGAAUUUGACGAUAUUCUUGAGUGGCCCUUUAGUGGGCGGAUCAUGUUGAGCGUUCUUGAUCAAAAUCCUACCUGUGAAUUACGCUCGCAUGUCGUGGAAACUCUUGUAGCCAAACCCACCUUGGCAGCUUUUCAACGGCCAACCACCCCUCGUAAUCAUAAAGGCUUUGGAUAUAUGGAAUUCCUUCCUCUUAGUGUUUUGGAUAAUUCUACCUAUAUAAGAAAUGAUACUUUGAUUAUAAAGGCUCAUAUUGUCCCCACGUAGCCUAUCCACUGAUAUAGUUUUUUAAAACAAAUUGUGUGUUCGAAUACAAUAUACAGAUUUACCCGGUAGUAUUAUGUGGCAUAGUGUGAUACUAGUAUUUAAGCUUGUGAGUGACUUCUAUCUCACUAUUAAAAAAAUGAUUGCCUGAUUAAUUAUAUCUGUAUUUCUAUUAACAAAAUUUCCAAUACAAUAAAGUAUUGAACCUUC